AUGAGACUACCGCCGCUACUAUUCCUCCUCCUUUCGGCCCCAUUAAUUGCAUCAGCCAACAACACAUUCACGACCAAUGACAUCUCUCCACUAUCCAGCUCUCAUUUCAACUGCUCCCUCAUAACAUCACAACCCAACCAACUCCAAUGCCAAUUUGCUAAAGACAACUGCAACAACAAUGGCAUAUUCAACUACUACAACUUAUACUACUGCGACUUGAAAGUGUUUGGUGCCUGGGCCAUAAUCCCAUUACUCGUGUCACUAAUCUACAUGUUUACUUCAUUAGGAAUCACGGCGCUGGAAUACUUGUGUCCUAACUUACACACAAUAUCGAAAUCUUUUCUCAAAAUCCCCGAUAAUUUAGCUGGCUUGACAAUUUUGGCAUUUGGCAACAGUGCUCCCGAUAUAUUUGGCACAUAUGAAGCCAUCAAAAUGGAAAUGAUUCAUUUGGCAUUGGCGGAAUUGAUUGGGGCGGCAUUGUUUAUUAGUACUUGUGUUGUUGGGUGUAUUGGGAUUGUGCAGCCAUUUAAAGUGCCACAAUUGUUAUUCAGACGUGAUGUGGCAAUGUAUUGUACAAUUUGUACAUUGAUAUUGGUGAGUUUUUUGAUGGGUAAAUUGACAAGAGUCAUUUCCAUGAUAUUGGUUAGUGUUUACGUAUGUUAUGUUGCAGUGGCGAUAUAUUCCCACAAGAUGCAACAGUCACGUAUUAAUGCUAUAUUGAGAGAUAGAAGAUCAAGAGGUGAAUUUGGAGACGUUGUUGAUGAUGAUGAUGUUGCGAUUGAUGAAGUAUAUCUUGAUGAAGUAUCGCAGUUACCUACAAUUGAUGAUGUCAAUUUGGGUGAUAACCUGGGUGUCGACACAAGUGCCACUGGCAACUUUGGGUUACGGAAAUUGAUGCAAGACCUAUCACUACAUUCCAAUUUAGGAGGUGCGAUUCAAUUGGACACCGAGAGACAAUUGAUGUCAAUAUCAGUUGAAGGAAUAAGAGGAGAAGAGGAGGACAUUUCACAAGUGGACAAUUCUCGUGUCAAUCAAUUUUUAAACUUGUUCUGCCCUCAGCUUUCCCAUUUCAAAGAAUUGCACACUGGUGAAAAACUCAAACAUUUGCUCCUACUCCCCAUUUCAAUAGCUUUGAAAAUGUCAACUCCAGUGAGAGACCAUGCAAGCAUACUUACGAUUGAACAAGAUUACAAACCAAAUACAGCACACAAUGUGUUCCAUUAUUCACAAGAUAGACUACUACUCACAGUUCAAGCUGGGCUUGGUAACCUCUUUUUCUUCCUGGUGAACACAAAUUGGUCCAUAAGUUCAAAAAUCAUCAUCCUUCCUCUCAUUAGCGUAGGUGUUGGCGACGGUAUAUUCAGAUUAUAUCCAUCAUCAACUUCAGCUCAUUUCGCACAAAGAAUGAAAAUCAUCAAUUACUUUACCGCCAUAUUUGGUCUUGUUGUAUCAAUCACUUGGAUAUCCAUCAUUGCUGCUGAGAUUAUCAAUAUCUUGCAAGUUGUGUCAACUGCAUAUCACCUAAGUGAUGAUGUAUUGGGUAUUACACUUUUCGCAUUGGGCAAUUCAGUCGGUGAUUUUAUAACUAAUUAUACAAUUGCUCGCAUGGGUUAUCCUAUUAUGGCAUUUGCAGCUUGUUUUGGAAGCCCAUUAAUGGCAUUGUGUUCGUUUGGAUUUAGUGGGUUAAUAAUUGGAAGCAGUCAUGCGUUGGUUAUAACUCCAACGCUUUUUAUCGGAAUUGUGGCCUUGUUUUGUAACAUGGCUAUUCUUUCCGUAUUGGUUCCGAAAAACUCCUGGAACAUGGACAAAAAAGUUGGUACAAUUAUCAUUAUGAACUGGUUUGUUACAUGUUUACUCUGUCUACUAGUUGAAUUUAUACGUCACUGA